AUGCUUCCGUAUCAGAUUUUCUAUCGCGUUGCUUUUCUCGUCACGGCACUUGUGCAUCUCCGGUUCAAUAAUUUGAUCGAGACUUUCGUCGCGAUUGUGGUCAUCUGUCUGUCCAAUUCCAGGCAACCCAUCUUCCAAAGCAUUUUGCGCUUGCAUUCUGUGGUUCUGAUAUGCUUCGUCCUGGCAUUUUGCUUCAAUACAGUUUCUGCUCGUCCUGGACAGAGGGUGCUCCAAGGGGAAUUCCAAAUACUGAACGUCCGUGCCACUUUCUCGAGGAUUCACAAGUGCGCUCAGUGGUGGCUGACCGUGCUGCAGUUUGAUGAUAUUGAGACCCCAGAUGGUUUCGGAAAUAUACCACUAUCAUACAACGGGUUUGUGUUCAACGACUUCUAUGCUUUCAAACCAUCGCAUCCCAGAUUGGACGGCAUCAUUUCCGCUUACGACCUGAACUGUGCUGUCUCAAGGCCGAAUGCAUUGUACGGAGCCGCAAGUGCCAGUCCGUUGGUGAAACCACAAGACCGCCAGGGUACACCAGGUGAACGGCCAUCCAUCUGGUUAUAUAAUUCAUCGGAGACCUUCACUGUCCACGCGCUGAAGAUAAAGCCGCUGGACAUGCCCAUUGGCUCUGUCACGAUCAACCUACAAGGUUUCCGUUCGAAUGAUUCAGACGCUACUUUGACUUGGAAGGUCGAUUUCCCUGCCGAUUUCCAUGACGUUCUGGACGUACGAGUAGAGAAGUUCACCAGGAAGACAUGGGAUGGCCUAAGCAAGCUGGAGAUGUGGGCUGUUUUUCACUUGGACGAUGUCACAAUGGAAGACUGGGAGUUCUGCGUCGAUGAUAUUGAGCUCGAAGUUGGAUGA